AGUCAAACAUAGAUCAUCAGGAGUCUCUCCACAGAAGCUCCACAGCCUCCAGACCAAACCUGAAGAUGACUCCCACUGUCAGCCUGCUGUUGCUGCUCCUGCUCGGCCUCUCUCAGGCUCAUCCUCUCCAUGAUGAAGGAAAUGAAGAUGAAGACGACGUUGACAUCACCACCAGGAUUCUAACCUCCAACAAUGCCACAGAUGAGAUCCUGCUGGAAGGAGACCUGCUCGCUCCCAAAACCAGAAACGCCAUGAAGUGCUGGUAUCAGAGCUGCCAGUGGAAGAAAGGAAACAAUGGUCUGGUGACAAUCCCAUUCACUGUGAGCAGUCAGUUCACCAGCUGGGAAAAGCAGAAGAUCGACUCUGCCCUGAAGGUCUACCACAGCAGUACCUGCAUCCGCUUUGUCCCCCGUCAGAACCAGUAUGACUACAUCAGUAUCGAGAACAGAGCUGGAUGUUUCUCCGCUCUGGGCAGAGUGGGAGGAAGACAGGUGCUCUCUCUGAACAGACAGGGCUGCGUCUACCACGGUGUCGUCCUGCACGAGAUCAACCACGCUCUGGGCUUCCAGCAUGAGCAGACCAGGAGCGACCGUGACAACUAUGUCAAGAUCAACUGGGAGUACAUUAACCCACAGAAUGCCUACAACUUCUACAAGCAGGACACCAACAACCUGAACACUCCCUACGACUACUCCUCCAUCAUGCACUAUGGAAGAACAGCCUUCACUGUCCAGUACGGGAGAGAUACAAUCACUCCCAUCCCCAACCCCAAUGUCCAGAUCGGCCAGAGACGGGGCAUGUCCCGCUCGGACAUCAUCAGGAUCAACGCACUCUAUGGCUGCUAAUAAUGCUCAUGUUAAAUGUCCUGUUUGUGUUCUUUUUUCUGUCAUUAAUAAAAGCAACUAUAAUCUAUGA